AUGACAGCUGUCGGACUACAACAGCAGCAGCAUGGGGCGCAACAGUACAAUCCGCGACAAUCUCCUCACCCUUCUAACAUGUCUCCGCGACCACAGAGCUACACGUCCGCUGGACAAGCCCAGCUCUUGCGACAAGAACCGCCUAUCCAGAACGGCAACUCCCCUCUGAUGGGCCACCGGCCAGCAAUUAGCAACGAGCCUGUCAAUGGUAAUGGGCAUCCACCAGACGACAACGAUCGCAGACAGUCUGCCACACCUAGUACAGGUACAUCGAAUGCCAAUGAGCUUGCGCGACAGAGGAGAGGGUCUCUCCAAGCACGACCGAACUCUGCGCCGAAUGGAGCUACGGAAUCUUCCCAAGAGGACUCGGAGACGGACAUCGUGAGACGGAGACCUAAACCUUUGUUGCAGAGAGCAAAGAGCGACUUUGGACCUCGGGGCGAAGAACAGGAUUCGGCGGACGAGGACAUACAUGAUUGGGGUGCGAGGCAUGGUUUUGAGGAUCACUAUGCGUCCGAGGAAUAUGUUUCUCAGUUGGCUAAUCCUUUCAUUUGA